AUGAAGCUCACGCUCCUAUGGGCGGUCGUGCAAGUGGCGGCGGGCGUGUGGUGCGCGCGCUACAUCCUGGCCGUGUACCGCGACUACCAGGACACGCCGACCGCCACUACCGUCGAGUCCACCACGCACCCUAUCUGGAGCGUCCCCUUCCCCGCGCUCGCCGUCUGCAAUAUCAACAGGAUUAGCCGGGCUGCCGUUAUCGCAAUGGCUGCCAAUAUCGCCGCCACCGGGCUGGAGGCUGGGCGGCUGGAGCGUCUGCUGCCGCUGCUGGGCCGCCUGCACGAGACGCAGCCCGGGGACCCGCGCCACCCGGACCCCCGCCUGCGGGAGCUGCACGGCGCGCUCGAGCUGGCCGCCCAGCGAGACACGCCCGCUGCUGGCGAAGCCCCCUACCACGUCACACGCCUCAUGCGUCAGUUGACGCCGAAGUGCGAGCAGAUGAUGGUGCGCUGCAGCUGGCUGGGCCACACGCGGCCCUGCGGGGAGCUGUUCAAGCUGCGCAAGACGUGCGACGGCUACUGCUGCAUCUUCAACUACCGGCGCACGGGGGAUCACUUCGGGAAGGGGUCAGCGCGGAUACGAAAGGUACUACGUGUGAACGCAACGGGGCCUUACAUGGGUCUCACGGUGCUGGUCGACACCAUGACGCACGAUUAUGUGUACCCACUCAUCGCCACCCGUGGCCUCAAGGUGGUGGGGGCGGGGCGGCAGCUGCUGCUGUUCAAGCCCGGCGACUUCGCGGACGCGUCGAGCGGCGGCCUGAUGGAGAAGCUGCUGGGACCGCGCCGUGAGUUCUUCAUCCGGCUGUCGGCGCAGACCGUGGCCGCCACGAGCGAGGUGCGCUCCUUCAGCCCUCAGAAGCGCCGCUGCCUCUUCGAGGACGAGCUGCAGGAGCGCCUGGGCAUGGACUACUCGCAGAGCGACUGCUUCGUCAGCUGCCGCAUCAGGUCCAUCACCACGCUGUGCCGCUGUCGGCCGUUCUACCUGCCGGACACAGGGGAAAUACGUGUGUGCAACUUGCAAGAUAUCGACUGUCUCACGAAAUACGAAGAGAAGUGGGCAACGCCGCGGCCGCCAGACGGCAUCCCCGGGCUGGAGCUGGAGCGCGAGGAGUCCAUCGAGUGCCCUGAGUGCCUGCCCUCGUGCAGCGACGUCCACUACACCAUCAGGGCCAACUCCGCGCCCUUCGCGCCACCCAACGGGCUCGACACUUCACACCCACUCCUUGACGGCGUGGAACUGGGUAACCACAGCAUCGUAAACUUGUAUUUCGAACGCGCCGACUCCGUCCUUCUGCGUCAAGAUGUCCUGUACUACUGGUACGACCUACUGAGUAACUUUGGCGGCGUGUGCGGGCUGUUCGUGGGGGCGAGCCUGGUGAGCAGCGUGGAGCUGGUGUACUUCGCGACUGUCCGCCUGGGCCAGGCGUUGAUGGGCGGCCAGAGGGACGGCACAGCUGAAGUGCUGCUUCGUCAGCCGCAGCCGCGCAGCGUCUUACCAGCCGACACCGUGAGAAGGCAGCAGGUGCGCCGAAGCGGCCGUGGACGCCUCUACUGGCGCGAGUUCAAACCAUCCUGACGCGUCGCUUAAUUGUUACAAUGCUUCCAAAACGCGCUUAGAUUACCACCUAGACAACACUGUUUCACCUUCUCGCAGAAAUUAGUUCUCACUAAAAGUUAUACAGGGUGCACCAUAGGUUUGUUAUUGCUGUCCUCGGUUCGAAGACUAGUUUGAUGCAACUCUCCACGCCAAUCCAUAUUGGACAGGCCUCUUCAUUUCUGCGUAACUACCACAACGCACUUUCAUUUGAACUUGCUUACUGUAAUCAAGCUUUGGUCUCCCGCCACAGUUUUUGCACUCCUUCGAUUCUCAAUUACCAAAUUUACAAUUAAGCGCUGCAUCAAGUUGUGUCCUAUUAAAGGAUCCUUUCUUAUACUCAAGUUGUGCCAUAUAUCUUUUCCUCCAGUUCGAUUCGGAACCUCCUCAUUCGUUAUUCCAUGUAAUUAUCAAUAUUUUCCUGUAGCACCACAUUUCAAAAGUUUCUAUUCUCCUCUU